UUGUUUCACACAGUAUUGUAAAUAUGACUAGUAGAAUAAUGUACAAGUUUAGUUGAAACACAAAAUUAGCAGCAGUUGGUGCAAAUUAUCUAUUUCAUGGUCUAGCACCAUUGAAUUAUAUGGAAAGAUGUUAAAAUGAUCAAAAUAUUUUGCAUAAUAAUUUUAGAGAUAUUUCACGCGAUUUCGAUGACCACAGGUCGGUCGUCUGUUGGAAACUGUUUCAUCGAAAGUGAAACACUGAAAUGCCAAGGAAAAUUACCGAAAGUGAAAUAUAAAGAUAAUGUGACAGCUUUGGAAUUGUCGUUUCUUCCGAUAGAGAUCCUCGAUUUCCACUUCAUAUUAGAAGAGUAUCCAAAUUUGCGAAACAUCUCCGUUCGCAAUAGCAGCAUAAGGUCAUUAAUUCCUUCAGAAGAUAACAAUAAUGUAAAGGUUCUCAGAAUGAAUAACCUUCAACUAUCUAAAAUAAGUCAUAACUUUCUAGAACACUUUCCGAAUAUUGAAAUUCUCAGUCUCGAAGGAAACAACUUGAGAGAAAUGAGUGAACAUUUCUUUUUAGGAAAUAUUAAAGAGCUCUACCUAGGAAGUAACAAAUGGAAUUGCUCAAAAGAUCUUGGAUGGGUUCUGCAUCUGAACACCACAGCGGCCAAAGAUUUGAGCACAUUGACUUGUCACGGACUUCCAUAUUCAGGAAAAGAAAUACUUCCCAUAUCCCGUUAUCAAAAAGAAUGUGAUGAUUUGUGUUUUCUAGUCAUAAAUAAAGACACUAUCAAGGUGGGAAGAUCACCAAAUUGUGAUGUAGUAAUGGAAGAGAAUAAAAUGAACAGAAAUUACCUUGCUAGUGUUAGCAAGGUUCACUUCACACUCACAUUAGAUUCCGAAACAAAUGUACUAUAUUUAACUGACCUGAGUAAAAAUGGUACUUUCAUAUCUGGUACAAGAGCAGUAAAGCAUACUAAAAUUCGUCUGAAGGACAAGGCUCAGAUAGCAAUUGGACAUAAAGAUUAUAAUGUGUAUACUCUUCAAGUCAUUGAAAAUCUACCUGAUACCUUGAGUCCAGUUGGAACAUGUAUUUCUCCAAGUAUUCAAUGUAAGAUAUUACCUAUAUGGGGUCGACUUAUAUCCUGUAUGUUACAUUUAGAAUCAUGUGUGUAUUUAUACAAAUGCAUGGCUUCCGAAGACAUGAGCUAUUUGCCACCAAAUUUGAAACAAACAUAUCUACCCUGUAAAAUACUAGGUAGUGGAGCAGUGGGAGAAGUGAGACUGGCAUUUGAGAAGUAUACCUGUAAGAUGGUAGCUAUAAAAAAAAUUCUCAAAGGCAGAAGCACCACCUCACAAAUGUACAAACUGAAUCACCCCAACAAAAUCCAGACUGAAAUAAGUAUCCUACAAACACUAAAGCAUCCGUUCAUCAUAAAAAUGGAAGACAUCGUUGAAACGCCCGAGGAAGUGUAUAUUGUUUUGGAAUAUAUGAAAGGUGGCGUAUUAAGUAACAGGAUUACAUCAAAUGUUCCACUGAGCGAAUCCAACAUCAAAUUUUUAUUCUAUCAGAUGGUCCUAGCGGUACAAUACCUUCAUGGUAAAGGUAUAACCCACCGCGAUUUAAAGCCUGAUAAUGUUCUGCUUCACUCAGAUGAAGUAGAAACGUUGUUGAAGGUGUCCGAUUUCGGACUAAGUAAAGUAACUGAAGGAAAUGACAUGAUGAUGACCGUUUGCGGUACAAUGUGCUACAUAGCUCCGGAAAUGCUCGACAAUAAGAUCAAGGAAUACAAUAAACAGGUGGACGUGUGGAGUUUGGGGGAUACUCCUAUGCAAUAUAAAGUGCAAUGCCUUCUGGAAAGCAAUCUGGAAACCGAUGAAAUUGUGAUGACGUACGACUUAGAACCACCGUUGAAACGAUUCAGGUUUGCAUCUGAUGAAACUAGCAAUUAAUAUUUUUUCAUGUUUGAACUGUGAUGAAUGUUCCUACCAAAUUGUUUGUUUAAUUUUUGUUAACAGUUUAUGUGAUAUAAUUUUGUUUUGUUUUGUAUUAUGUGUUAAAUUUACAGCGUAAGUUACAUGUUGCCAUAGUAGCAUUUAGAUUUAUAUCACAAAGAUACUGGAUUUUUUAUACAAAAAUAGUGCAUAUUAGUUCUUUUAUGCAGUAUUUUCAGUUAUUUGUGAAGGUCUCACCCUUUAUAUUAUUCACUUUUAUACCUUAUAUUGACAACUUAUUGCUUAGUAAUAUUGGCUGAUUACCUAUUAGCAGUUUAGCAGUUACCUUACGAAAACAAUGACUUGUUUUUGUAUUAAUUUUUGUUCAACUUUUCAUGUAUAUUCUAUUUUUGUACUUUCUGUAUUUUUGAUAUAUAAAUGUGUUUUCUUGAACAGAA